CCGUGACGGUGUCGAGAUGAGGGACCCAAUGCCCUCAUAGUCAGCUGAGAUGCCCGUCGACAUGCAGCAGAAGGCCCUCCUCUUUGGAGCUGCCGUGGCCCUGAGGCUGGGUCUAUUCACCCUCUUUCCCGCACUACCAGCCCUUCUUGCUGGCCGAGUCGAGGUCUCCACGCCAGUAACCAGCUUCAAGAGACUGCAGGAAGGCGUCUUCCUCUACACCCAUAAUGUCUCACCCUACGAUGGCGGCGUCUACCAUCAGGCACCCCUCCUUCUGCCACUCUUCUCGCUUCUGCCGAACCCAUCCUACGCGCCUCUCGCUACGAAUCUGCUCUACACUGUAGUGGACCUACUGAGUGCGAACGCAUUGGCUCAAAUAUCGGAGAGUGGCUUCGCAACAGUGACGCGAUUGUUCACUUCCUCGCGCAAAGACCUCAGAUGGAGCAGCGUGGCUAUUGCAGCAGGGCAUGCUCGACCCUCUACCAGCUUCCUCUUCAAUCCCUUUACGGUUGCGACAUGCAUUGCGCGCUCGACUUCCGCCCUGACGAACCUCUUCAUUCUGACCGCAAUAGCCAAGGCCUCUCAAGGAGCCAGUAUCACCUUCAUAUUGGCCAUGGCAUUCGCGUCCUACCUGGCUAUGCACCCAAUACUCCUCUUUCCGCCUCUGCUGGUUCUGCUGUACGAUGCGCGCACCGCCAAGACAAGAUCAAGUCCAGAUGUCUGGUCCUUUAUAAUCACCUACUCCUUAGGCAUUACAGCCGCCAUUGGCGCCUUGCUCUCUGCUUCCGCCUUCUUGACCGGCUCGUGGGACUUUUUAGCAGCUACAUAUGGCGUCCGCCUUCUCCUCCCAGACCUCACGCCUAAUGUUGGUCUUUGGUGGUACUUCUUCAUCGAGAUGUUUGAUUCAUUCCGUGAAUUCUUCCUUGGUGUGUUCUGGUUGCAUGCGGCGUCGUACAUGCCUGGUCUUACCAUCCGCCUCCACAAGCAGCCCUUGUUUGUUGCAUGCACUCUGACUGGUAUCUUCGCCGUUUUUACGCCCUAUCCUAGCAUAGCGGAUGCUGCAUUGUACCUCUCGUUAGUGCCGUUGUUCCGGCAUCUCUUUCCUUUGAUGCGCUAUACCUUCUUAGCAUCAGCGAGCGUUUUGUAUACAUCCUUCCUUGGGCCGGCCUUUUACCACCUCUGGGUUUAUGCUGGCUCCGGCAAUGCCAACUUCUUCUACGCUAUUACAUUGGUAUGGAGUCUGGGCCUAUCGAUUAUCGUCGGCGACUCGAUGUACGCUGCGUUGAGGGACGAGUUGGACGUGGAACGACCUGAGCUGCGGGGCAAGGAAGUAUCACGGAUAUGAUAUAUGAUGUAGGAAUAAAGAGUUGCUCCAGAAUACAUAUCAAAAAUACACUCAUAGUAUG